UCUCUUGUGCAUUUACAUAAAUUGUGCUUUAAAAAUGUCUCGUAAUUUGUUUUUAUCAAUUAAAAAUCUUAUUAGAAAUUUGGAAAACUUGUUUUUGCCAUACGGUGGACAGCAUCCUGCAUUGGCAUGUAUUGUGCAACAACAUAGCAGUGGCAUUAACAGCAGCAACACAUCACAGAGCUUUAACCUCAAGGAUAUCAUUGGAGAUGGCAUGCUCUGGGCUGUUCCCAAGCAUCGUCGGAGUGUGGAGAAACGCUUAAAUCGCAAGUUUGGCGUUCCAGAGUAUAAUUGGAAGCCGCUAAAGGAAAAGAGAAAUCUGCGAUCUUGUCCAAAAUGCGGCCACGAUCACGAAUUGGGUGUUCUGUGUCCUUUCUGCUACGACAAAGUGCGCAAGGAAACGCAGCUGAUGCAGGACAAAAUCCAGGAGCAACUUGGCUUGGAGGCAAUCGAGCAAGAAGUGGUUGUUUUGUAUGAAGGCGAGAAGGGAGAGGAAUCCGCGGAGAUUCUUAAAGGCAAACGGAUUGUGGAAAUGAAAAAACCACGUCCCAUGUGGUUCACCAAAAAUCUAUUGCAGAAAUCCACACAGCAAUCAUCUGAAACCAAAGAGGUUAAGCCAUCUGAUUUGGGCUAAUUUCCUAUUAUUAUAUCAUCAAUAAAGUGGCUUAGUUUGCAGUUUGUUAACAACA